AAUACUGAAUCCGAACUCUGAAUUAAUCAUUAAUAUUUAGACAUCAACAUGAGAUCAUUGGUUGUGGUGUUUUUCUGCUGUGUAGCGGUGACUGCUGCUAGGAACAUCGAAGAACUUUUCUCCGGUUUUGGUUUCCUUGGAGGACCCCAAUUGAAUAAUAAUUGUGGGCCAAACGAAGUGUAUGACUGCGUUUAUCCAUGUCCUCCACUGAAGACUUGUGCAGACCGUGAAGACUAUGCUUGUCUUGGUGUAGAAAUGUCCUGUGCAUUCCAAUGUGUCUGCAAACCGGGAUUCUACUUGAACAAACCGGGCGGCGAGUGUGUCACAGAAAAACAGUGCAAUAAAUGUCCUGGUGAGCACGAACACUAUGCUUGCGGAGGGCCAUGCGACGAUGUUUGCAGCACACUACAUGUUCAGAACAAGACUACUUGUGCCUUCACUAAAUGCCAACCUUCUUGCUACUGUGAUGACGGAUACGCAAGAAAUGACUCUGGAAUCUGCAUACCUAUUGAAGAUUGCUGAAUCAGAUUAACGAUUGAAAUCAAUAGUUUUA